CACUCUCUCUCUCUCAGUCUUAAAAGCUUCGCAGCAAAAGGUGGUGUCCGUGGCAUAUAGCUGCCGACGGUGGACGGGACCCGCGUAGUUGAGUGGAAAUUUUGUUUUUUUCUUUCUUUUUAGUCGUAUUUUCGGUGGCAUUCGUGGGUGGUGGUGGAUCAUCCGAGUGUCAUUCGCCAUACGGUGAGGAUGGCAAUAAAGACGUCGUUAUGCACUUAAGGAGACUUGGGGAGAACUUCGUGAUUGCCCCAGAACGACUCCAAAGUGACUCGAGGAUAAACUUCAAGAGGUUCGAGGCCAGACAGAUAUCGUCUUCUCCUGCCGCCCGUGGAGGACGUACUCCGCUAGAAAAUGUCAGCGAGGGCCAUCAGGUCCCGUCUGAAGAGCAGCGAUGGCUCAGAGGGAAACUCUCCUCCGGUGCAGGACAACAUCAGCCUCAGGAGCAACACUUUCUCCUUCACGUCCCUCGCUUCAGAAGACGCAGACUUCGAGGGAGAUGCGGACCAGAUGGCGACAGAGCUCAACUAGCGGCACUUCAAGAGCAACUUGUUGCGGUCAUGCUGGAAAAUCAGCACCUGACCGACGAGUUGAAAGAGCUCCGCGAAGCGGGUCUAAUGGAGCAGCUCCGACAGCAACUGGAGCGCGAGAAAGAGAAGAGUCGCAUUCUCAUGGACAGACUUCAGGAGAAGGAAGUCAGGGACAAAGAUCCCGAGAGAGAGACCAGGGAAAGAGAGAGGCACCCCAGGGAGAAAAGCUUGCCCCCAGGCGACAAAUCCCCCAGUCUGCCCCAGAGGAUAAGGAAACGCAUAAACCAGAUGCACAAGAGUCAGUCCUUCGACGUCGAGGACGGUUCGCCGGGGCCUCCGCCCCCUCUUCAUCCGCCUACGUCGGACAAGAUCCGCCUCAUAAGCGAAGAGAGGGCCUGCCACAAGACCAUCCCGGCCGGAUACGAUCCACCCACCUACCUUAGUGUAAAGUACGGAGAGGAAGCAGCCAAUGCGAAGUCCAGUUCGACGUUUGAUGUUGUUGAGAGUCCUUCGAGAGGAAGGUUCGUAUGGAAGAGACGAGGUUUGGAGAAGAGCAAGUCCUUGGACCAGUCGGAGUUCUUAGCUUCUCUCAACGGCGCAGGCGCCACAGGGAGCAGUACAACAGCGUCCUCCGAAUGGCUCGAUGGAGACCAACCCAGGGAAAGUGACUCGGAUGAUCCAGACAGGGACAAAGUGUCCGGGGAUGUUGGAGGCGCCGGUAGCGAUUCGGAUCCCGGGAGCUGCCAGGGAAGUGUCCUUGCAGCCCCACUCGUCAGUCCGAAGGACCCCUGGUGGAGGAGACUGGAAGCUAGGAUAGUGACCUUUGUCGACGAGGUCGUGAAGGACUUUUCAGAGGUGGCAGAGGAGGAACUGCCUGAUGGAGACCCCGAGGGAGAUCCUCUUACGGUGAAAAAAUUAAAGGAAAACAUCUUGAGGUUCGGCUGCGUAAUGAGGCCGUUGACGGAACUUUCCUUUGUUGUCAAAUCUCUGCUGCACUGGGAGUCCCCUUCUGCCACCCUGCUUGCCCUCGUUGUCUACCUCUACUGCGUCCUCUUCGGCUGGCUCCUGACGCUGAUACUGGUAUUGGCGAUCGUCAGGCUCUCUGUGAAUUACAUGAAGAAGAGAGGUUGGACCCACAACAUGUUUCGACGCCUUCGACGAGAGGGAGGCGAGCAGACCGAAAACCCAGCGAGCGAGGUAGGCUUGGGCGACAAGUUCGCCCUCGUACUUCAUGUGGCUCGGAGGGUCCAAAACCAACUCGGAGCCGUUUCCAAUGCUGCCGAGAAAUGUAAAAACCUCCUGUUAUGGGAACACGAAGCAGCAAGUCGACUGUACGCGUUCCUCUGGAUUGUUCUUUUGGCUUCAAUCCUUCUGCCUUCGCACCAAUUGUUCACAUUGACUGGGGUGUACCUUGGCCUCAAGUUCUUCGUUAUGGAUUACAUCUUCUACAGAUACCCGAGAAUAAGACAGAAGUACGAUUCCACUUCAAGGCUGUGGGACACCUUACCGACAGACGCUGAUCUUGAGAGACGGGGUGAUAGAGUGCGGAAUGAAAAUGGAAAUUCUUCUCCGGACCUUACAUCCUUCUUAGAGCUUUUUAAUUUGCCUGCUACAGAGUCACCCCUACCAGGUUGGCAAGGUGGUCGCCGUUGCACUCUUGUGAAUCGAGAUCGUUCUAUUACUUCCGCCUUCAAGAAUGGCAGACUCUACCUAACGAACAGGUUAGCAAAGCAAGAAAAACAGUCAAACUCCUCUUCUAACAAAGCACCAUCGUCAUCUAACAAACUAACAGCCUCUAGUAGUUCCAAAGGGCAACCUGGUUCUAAAUCUCCUUUAUUAUCUUCGUCUUCUAAAUCCAGCUCAGAGAGCGCCAAGAAAACAUCUCUGACUGGCUUUUCAAAGAGCCUCCCGGACACCAGUAGUAAUUCUACAGCCUCUGGCUUUAGCUUUCUAAACAAAGGAAGCAAAUCCUCCAAGGCUAAGGAACUCAAGGAAAAGAAAGAAGAGGAAGAACUAAAUAUGCUUGCCAGCAUCUUUGCUGCGUCUGAAAGCCCAGAUCCGGUUUCUCCUUCCAAAAUCUUUCUGAUGUGUGAUAAGGCAAAGGACAUUCCGAGAUCGAUCCACUGCAAAGAACCAUGCAUGUCUGAACUGAGACCUUUACCAGAAGCAGAAUUCAGGCCUGAGGAGUGUCGGCCUCUGAUCCUGACGAAGAGAAGAAAGUUGCUCUUGAGAUCAGUGAGUGAACUGUCAGAGACUCCCCCAGAAGGGUCAGGGGAAGACGAAGCUUAUCAUUCAUCUCCUGACAUAAGGAGGCACCUUUGUGAAAGAGAGAUCCCUGUCAGAGACACCGACAUUAAGCCAAAGAAAUCUAAACUCAAAAUGAGGACUGGUUCUGUAGAACAGAAGCCUAAAUCAUCGGUAAUAGAUAAGCUUAACGACAGAGUCUUUUUUGCAGUGUGAGGAUUUGAACAAAGCUGAGCACUUUUACUUCACUUGUAUAUUAUAUCACAUGGUCUAAGUAUAUUGUGAUGUUUAAUGUUGAUAUUGUACCUAGGGUUUGUGGUUUCAUUUUUAUUUUGUAUAUUUAAUGUAUGAUAACUCAGGGAUGAUAACUGUUGUAGAGAAUUUAAGGGUAACUUUGUGGCUCUUUCAUCUGUACUUUUGCUAUUUAGGUGGUUUUUUUAGGUCUGGAGAUUAUAUAACAAACAUGCAUAACAAACCUGAACUCUGUAAAUAUAAACUCUUCAGUGCAUGAAAGUGUGCUUGUGUAUGUUGUAGAAUAUAUUGUCUUGCUGUACAGCAUAAAACACUUGCAUUUAUUGACGAAAAAAUUGUGUAUUUCUUCAGAAUAUAUAGUAUAAUUUACAGAUAUUUUUCACAUUGCAACCUUCCUAGAAUCUAUUAUUAGCUCAACAAUAAAAUACUGUGGAUUUGGUAAGUGAUUUUUUUUAUAUAUUUUGAAUAUUUUGAUUCCAAAUCCUUGUAGAAAACCAAUUGAGGCUACUUUCACCUGUGUUGGAAAUUGUUAAUGAUAAGAAACUUCUUUAAGGAAUAUUGCUAGAUCCAAAGUACAUUCUUAAACAGACGAAAGCAGCUCUAGGUUUACCUACUGACAGUACAGUAUUGUAUUUUCAUUCCUGUAUAUCUCAGUGUAAUGAGGUUGAGUUAAAAUUUCCUGAGUAGUUGACUUUUGUCAUUCAAAAGUCAUUGUGCCAUGAACUCAAUCAGUUUUCCAACAACAUUGUGUUAAAGGCCUUGCCUGAUCUUCAUUAAUAAUGUAUCAGUUCACAUUAGUUUAUAAAAUUUUUGAUGGAAAGGCAUAGAAGCCACUAUCUUUUGUUGUUGCAGUAGCCCUCGUUUUUGGCUUUGGCACUUUACUUGGUAGAAGGGAUGAAUGUCGUGAAACAAAAAAACUAAGGUCAUUGCUCAGAUCACCACACUAACAAGUGAAGGUGAUUGGUACUGGGAAAUUAUAUUCCUAUUCAAUAGGUAGUAUAUAAGAGUAUACCCUGAACUACAUACGGUUAGAUUCUGUAAUAUGUUAUGUAAUGAUUCAAGUUUCUCUUGGGUUUUUAAACAUCAGUAUGAUUUAAAAAUCAGUCAAAAACUAAUUUUCAUUUUGGAAAAUGUGUUUCCAGACUCAAAAGUAUCUUAUAUAACCUUAUAUUGUAUGACUUUGCAAUACAUUUAAAGUUUUCUCAUUCUAUUUUGUAUUUCAAAAAAUGUAUGAGGCUGUAAAAAUGGUUUUGGAAUUUCACUCUUAAAACUUUUGUACUUAAAGUGGUAGUAGAUGGCUUAACUUUAACCGUCUUAAGUUUAUUGCUAGCUAUCUUAUGAUACUCAAUUAUCACAAGGAAUGCCAAGCUUGUCGGUUCCUGUCCAGCUGCCUACUAAAGUGUUCACUCUUCUUUUUGGUAAUGCUAUACUAUUGAUUAUGUAGCAGUAUAGCAUUAAUGUUUUGUCCAUUCUCCUCUGAAUUGAGUUGUAUAUUUUCUACCCGAAUACUGUAUUUACUUCACUAAAUCAGUCACUUUAUACAGUAGAAAACCAUACCAAAUAAUGACUUGAAAUAUUGUUUCAUAAUUAUUUAAAUAUAGAUUAAGCAGUGUAAUGAAAAGUAAAGAAAGGGAAAACUUCAUUGACAAUAAAUACCAAAGAAAGUGAUUCAGUAGCUAAACAGGUCCAUUGUAACUCAUUUAAAUAUUUGGAUCUCAAUUAAAAGUUAUAACAGUAUUGAACCUGAUGCAGAUAUUGCAGCAUUCAUUUACAAGACAAUAUGUAGUUUGCAUAUUGAAAAUUAAAGAUACAAAUCAAGGAAUAAAUUCAGCAUGCAAAAGAAUAUUAUUUUGCCAUUCUUGCGGAAUAUGAGAAACUUGAGGAAUUACUGUAUAAUUAUGUAGGGUAAAGUAUAGGUAUCCGAAGCAUACAUAUACGUAAUGUAUAUUCAUUCCUUCCUGAUACACACAAGUAUUACUCAUAAUUUUCCUUGAAAUUUCAUGAUUUUGAAUAGUAUCCAGUUUGAUAUUUAGAUCAUGCGCAGGAUGUCAUGUGCCUCUUGUGUCAAAUCAUGUGUUUUGUGCAAAAUGUUGUAUACUUACAGAGUAGAUUACCAAGAGUAGCAAUUAGAUACUUUUACUAAAAUCAGUAGAAUUUAAUUUACAUGAUUUUAUUCUGUGGAGUAGAUUGGUAUUACCCUUCAUUCUCUAUAGUGCCCAUUUAGGCAUUAUUCGGACAAUGUAGAAACAAAAAUAAUUUGCUCUUGUAAGAAUUAGGGGAUACUUAACAAAGUUGUAAAGAGAAACUUAGAAUUGGUAAUUUAGGUAAAUGAAAGCAUCUAUAUACUGAUUUUGUACAAGGAUUAAAGAACUUACCCAUGGUUACAAUUCAUUGUGCAAAUAGAAUAUGUACAAGUUCAUAAUGAUUUCAUGUAAUUAAGUAAUAGUAUGGAGUCAAGGCAAUUUUUUUUCUUUACAGUCAGUAUUACAAUUUUGAUUAAAAGACCACCAGACA